ACCCGAGGAUUUCAGGUGUUCACAACUGGGAUUAAAAACGUGAGUCCAAGGUAACCUAUGUCGUGGUUGCCAGUUACUAACUAGCUAUUUUAGAUAGUUUUUGAGUGCCAAAAUGCAAGACGAGAAUGAAUUUGAGCAAAACUCUGGGAACAGGUCCUGGUGGCCUUCUUGGCGACCGACAUCUAUGUCUUUGUUGAAGAGUGCCGAGGCCAAGAUUCUUGCUUGUAUCCAGAAUGAAGUGUGUUCCCGUUUUGUCACAUUGCCAAAUCAAAACAGACUAUGGACUCUUACAGUGACCAACAGGACAGCACACAAAUCUUCCAGCCAAGUGGCCUCUUGCACCCCUCUUGUAAUGGUCCAUGGCUUCGGAGGAGGGGUUGGGCUGUGGGUCCAAAAUCUGGACGCUCUCAGUCGUUCGCGGCGAGUCUACGCCUUCGACCUACUGGGCUUCGGCCGUAGCUCCCGCCCUUCGUUCCCCACAGACCCCUCAUUGGCUGAGGAGCUGUUCGUCAGCUCCAUAGAGCAGUGGAGGCAGACCUUAGGUUUGGAGCGCAUGAUCUUAUUGGGCCAUAGCCUUGGAGGUUACCUGGCGGCGUCUUAUUCCAUUCAGCAUCCUGAGAGAGUUGCUCAUCUCAUUCUGGUGGAUCCCUGGGGUUUCCCAGAGAGACCCCAGCCUCAUACUGAAAGGUCCUUAAGUCAAGGUUUAGAGGCCAAGAGACCAGGACCACCACGCUGGGUGAAAGCAGUCGCAUCUAUCUUCAGCCUCUUCAAUCCACUGGCCAUCAUCCGAGCAGCAGGACCAUGGGGUCCGGGACUGGUGAACCGAUUCCGGCCUGACUUCAAGAGCAGGUUUGAGGACCUCUUUGAUGAUGACACGAUGACUGAGUAUCUGUACCACUGUAAUGCUCAAACACCCAGCGGUGAAGUGGGAUUCAGGGCCAUGUCUGAGUUUCUGGGCUGGGCUAAGAGACCAAUGGUGCAGAGGGUCAACCUGCUGGCCCCCUCCAUGCCUGUUACCAUGCUGUACGGAGCGCGUUCCUGGGUGGACAGCUCCACCGGCAAUCAUGUGGCUGCUCUCAGAGGCCACAGCCCCACCCGGGUGCUGCUGAUUGAUGAGGCCUCCCAUCAUGUGUAUGCUGACCAGCCUGAAGAAUUCAAUCAUGUGGUGGUGAACAUCUGUAAUACUGUGGACUGAAUGUUACCAAGGGUGGAAAACCAACAAUCAUGCGUGGGUGUGAUUGUGUGUGCUUUCUGCAUGUGUGAUGAAAGACUGAAGUAGCCAGUUAUAAUAAGCUCAGGUAUGUUAGUUUUAAUUGUAUGAUGCAAGAAUUGUAUGAUGUAAGGUCGAAGGUGGGCCUUGAAAUCCAAUUACUGACCACAUGACAAAUCUGUCAUUUUAGCUUUGUGAACUGUUAUGUGUUCUAAGGAGGUUUGUUUCUUCAUUUGUGUCAGUCAUACAGAUUCCUAAUCUUUUUUUUUUACUGAUUCAUUGCAUUACGUUUGGCAUCACUUUAAUUUGCAGCACUUGGAUACUGUCUACUGUUUAAUUAGUACAUUUUAUAAAACACUGACUCUUGCAGCAAGAUAAGUCUGUUCAGAAAGAUAUUUAAUAUAUUUGUUUAAAACCUAUUUAACUAGUGUGUAUUUAAGGGCAACUUAAAAUAACUAAUAAAAUUUCAUUAUAAUAUUUAAUUGUAUUUUAUAGAAGAAUAUCGUUUACAUAUCUUAAAAACACCUGUUGUGUUUUAUUUCUUUUUAUGACAUUAUUUUCAGAAUCCUCUAGAGGGUAA